GAUAUCAUUUUCAUCAUAUGGUGAAGGAUUUUGUACAGCUGGAUAUAACCUGAUAUUAGGACCACUCCCUUAUUUGGACUACUGCAAGACACAUGCACAAGACGUUCCAACUUCUCCAGUCAUGUAUCGCUCAACCAGGGACCAUAUUUGGAUUAAAUAUGUGAUAGGCUCUCAAACAGGAAACAGAUUUUUUCCAUACCAAUUUGCAUUAGAAUAUAUAACAAGCUCAAGCAAAAGUUGCAAUUUUCGAUGUAUAAUUGAUAAAGAAUGUAUACCAGAGAGUUGGAAGUGUAAUGGUGUAAAGGAGUGUAGAUUUGGUGAAGACGAAUACUUGUGUGAUAAAACUACUGCUGUUAACAGAGAACCGACAACAACAACAACUAGAGCCCCAGCUACAAUAGACCCAUCUUGUUUUGAUUGUUAUGUAACAAUGUAUGGCAAGUCCAUUUGUCUACCCUUCAAAUACGUGUGUGACGGAAUCCCUCAUUGUCGCAACAAUCUUGAUGAAAACCAGUUUAUGUGUGCGUCUGAUUUGUGUGGUUCUCAUAACGGGACAUUUCUGUGUGACAACAGACGUUGUAUCUAUGAAUCUUGGACAUGUGAUGAUAGAGAUGAUUGUGGUGAUAACAGUGAUGAACAAUUCUGUUCAGGGACAACAAAAAGAGUAACAAUAGCAGCAAUAUGUGGGUCAAUGAUCUGUGCUUUGUUAUUGGUUAUCCUGCUAGGCUGCUCUUGUAAGCUAUAUUCUCUAAGGACGAUGGAUCAUCAUCAUCGAUACCCACGACACGAAACUCCUAUGAGCCGCUUGUAUGCUGAGUUUUUGCGACGACGAGCCCCACCGCCAUAUCACGAGGCUAUGCUCACCUCUAGAAACUUUGAUGAGGUACAGCAGGAAUACUUGGAACGGAUGAGAAACUCCCGCCGAAGUCAUAGAGGUCGUGGGAACAGACGCCGAUCUAGAAACCAACAAACUCAAUCACAAACAGACUCUUGGAGAUGCGACAGAAAAUCAGAGCAAUUACAAAUAACCAGAAUGAAAAUAUACAUGAAGAAGCAAAGUGGUAUGCAGCUGUGCACAAUAACUGAAGGAAAUGAGAACCAUAAUAAUAUUGAAAGAUCAUCUUCCUCUGCUGAGCUCUUGCCGUCUGAAAGUGAAAGCGAUUCUGAAUCAGAUGAUAUCGAAAGUGAAAACAGAUCUUGCAGAGCAAGGUGA